UCUGCCUGGAGCCUGACACAGUUUGACUAAAGCCUCAACAUGCCUGUGGCAUCGACUGGCACCGAGCGCGUGGUACCACCCCAGGUCCUGGAUACCCUGAGUGACAGCAACAGCUCCACCACCGCCAAUGACCUGGACCUCAUCUUCCUCAAGGGCAUCAUAGACAGCCCCGUGGAGCCAGAGAGUCUGGAGGAGACCAGGUUGGAGGCGGUGAGGGACAACAACGUAGAGCUGGUCGAGGAGAUCCUCAGAGAGCUGAGUCCCUUCACACACCAAAGCAACACCGCAGCAGAGCUCACGCGCAUCCUCAACGAACCCCACUUUCAGUCUCUGCUGGGGACCCAUGACUCGGUGGCGUCCCAGGUGUGUGACACCCCUCCCCCCAGCCCCUGUGCCUACAUGGAGCCCCCCGUCAGCAACCAGCCCGUGCCCCCAGAUGCCGUCCGGAUGGUGGGCAUCCGCAAAGUGGCUGGUGAACACCUGGGCGUGACGUUCCGUGUGGAGGCGGGGGAGCUGGUGAUUGCCAGGGUGCUCCACGGAGGGAUGAUCGACCAGCAGGGUCUCCUCCACGCAGGUGACAUCAUCAAGGAGGUGAAUGGGAAGGAGGUGGGUGAGGACCCGAGGGCGCUGCAGGAGACGCUGCAGGAGGCCAGCGGCAGCGUGGUGCUCAAGAUCCUCCCCAGCUAUCAGGAGGGCCAUGCGCCAGGACAGGUGUUUGUGAAGUGUCACUAUGACUACGACCCGGCCAAUGACAACCUGAUCCCGUGUAAAGAGGCGGGGCUUAAGUUCUACACCGGUGACAUCCUGCAGAUCGUCAAUCAGGAUGACCUCAACUGGUGGCAGGCUCGUCGUUGUGUGGAGGGAGGCAGUGCUGGGCUGAUCCCCAGUCAGCUGCUAGAGGAGAAGAGAAAAGCCUUUGUCAAGAGAGACGUGGAGCUAGCCCCGCCAGGAAACCUUUGUACUGGAGUGGCGGGAAAGAACAAGAAGAAAAAGAUGAUGUAUCUAACCACUAAGAAUGCAGAGUUUGACAGGCAUGAGUUACUGAUCUAUGAGGAUGUUGCCAAGGUGCCUCCGUUCCGCAGGAAGACGUUGGUUCUGAUUGGUGCUUUGGGAGUGGGCCGACGCAGCCUGAAGAACAAACUGCUGCUGUCUGACCCACAACACUACGGCACCACCAUCCCCCACACCUCCAGAAAGCCAAAGUCAGGGGAGCGGGAAGGCCAGAUGUAUGCCUUCACCUCGCGGAGCAAGAUGGAGGCAGACAUCAAGAACGGUCGCUACCUGGAGCAUGGCGAGUACGACGGCAAUCUCUACGGCACCAAGAUGGACUCCAUCCAUGAGGUGGCGGAGGCCGGUCGCAUCUGUGUACUGGACGCCAAUCCUCAGGCCUUGAAGGUACUGCGGACGUCUGAGUUCCUGCCUUACGUGGUGUUCAUCGAGGCCCCUGAUUUCGAGGUCCUCAAGGCCAUGAACCAGUCGGCCAUCGAGACUGGAGUCGUCACCAAGCAGCUGACGGACUCAGAGCUAAAGAGAACAGUGGACGAGAGCACCCGCAUCCAGACGGCCUACGGACACUACUUUGACCUCACCAUCGUCAACGACAACCUGGACGAGAGCUACAGGAACCUGAAGGCAGCUCUGGAGAAGGUCUCUGCUACCCAGCAGUGGGUCCCAGUCACCUGGGUCUUCUAGUGGGAGACAGAAGGACAAGAGGGUGGUGUUGAACACGAAUGUUCUCUCAUUCGUCAACACAAGACAUCCGAUGAUACUGUCUGGCUCAUCAUCACAGUGACCUCUGGACCGCUGACCUUUGGACCCCAUACAUAAGACUGAACUGACAGCAUUCUUUUUGCUGUGUACAUAUUGGUUUUGGAAAUUUGUCGACAAAACGUCAAGGAUUUUCUUGUUUGGGCAUUAUGUGAUUCUGGUGUGUGUGUGUGUGUUUGUGCGUCUGUGUGUGCGUCUGUGUGUGUGUGCAUUCCUGUGGUUGCAGAGUGUCUUUACCAUAAUCAUGUUCGCUACAUUGAUUCUUUAGGUCAGCAGUAGUUCGUCUAUGUUUACAUGAAUCAUUAAAUGGUCAUUCAGUAUAUUAAAUAGAUUAUCUUGCAUCAAAACAGUGGUAGAUGGCCUUCUACUACUUAUGUCUUGACUACAGGUCUGACACACACACUCUCUCUCUCUCUCUCUCUCUCUCUCACUCACUCACUCACUCACUCACUCACUCACUCACUCACUCACUCAAAGAGAGCCAGCUGUCUUAUUCCCCAAAUUCUAUUUUUAUUACCACAUUCUAUUUUCUUGUAUGAGGAGUUCAAGUUGAAACCCUUUUUGACACCUACUGUUGGGUAUUUCUUUUUUCUAUCAUUUCAAAAAAGGCAAGAGACUGAGGUGUGAACAUAAAACAUUCAAAUCGUUUGAAGAUAGCAUGUAGAUACAUAGAGAGACGUGUACGAUAGAUAGACUGUAAUAAGUACAACCUUUAUUUAUGUUGACUACACAGGCACUUUUUUAUUAUUUGUUUUUGACGUGUCAAAAGCCUUCUUUCUAUUUUAUUUCAUAAAAAUACUAUUUCCACCCAGGUCUGCUGUACAGUACAGCACACACCAAUUUGGCAAAUAAACGGCUCCAGAAUUUCACACGAUGGGUUCCUUGCUGUUGGUUAAAAAGAAGGCCUUCUGGAGCCAUUCAUCAGGCCUUCUUGGUAACCAACAGCAAGGAACCCGUCAAGUAAAAUCCUGGAGCCGUUUACUUGUUAAACUGGGCGGAACCUUUUAUUACACUUUCGUAACAGAGGAUCUUGUGAUGCAGUAGUAGUACAGGAUGCGUGGUCUAUUUGGUCAGUUGAAAUCGAUGCACCCCAGGCUUUGGGAAAUUUGGUGAUAAUUCGUUUGGGAAGAGAAAGCUAAAGGCAGAUGACCCCAGAGUUGUGGGUGGUAUUCACUAGACACGAAACAGAAGAAUAACAGACUGUGGAUGUACUACUUUCCCAAUAGGAUACGCUUGUUUUUGGUUUCUGUUGCGAAACAUUUAGAUAUAAUGUGCCCUGAUGAAUAUGACCCUGGAAACUCCAGAGGAACGACACACAACAAUGACAAGUGUGUGUGCUCCCGAUGAGUGUAAGGUCAUAGUUUCUUACUUUUAGUAUGGUUUCUACAUUCCACGACGCUCACAUGUAUCCGCGGCAUUUUCACAUACCAACAAUAUGAGUUUGGAGAUUUCAAUUAGAUGAAUUCAUGAUUGAACAAUUUCAAGAUGCUUCUGUAUUUGACUGUGUAUCAGUCACAGUUUCUAGACGUACUGUAAAUGACAGACUGUGAAUGUAGAUAUACAAUAGACUAGAGGCAAACGCUAGCUACGGUGACGGUGUGUUGUUUAUAGGAAAAUGAACUGUACAUUUGAUGAGGCGCACAAUUAAAUGCUUAAAAUCAA